AUGUGUGUCACUUCCAUCAAAGCAAUAUGCUGGAUUUACACAGCCAAAGGGCAGAAUCGUCAGUUAAAGUCUAUGCGAUGCAACAAGAAGCUGACCUUUACACAGAACACGCCUUGUACUUCCUGUGCUGUAGCUAGCAGACUGCAGUGCCCCAAAGGGUGGGCGAGAAUAAGCUUUGGGCCUACAGAAAAAGGCUGCAGUUAUACAGUAAAGCUGGAAGAGAAUGUGCUUUCACUAUUGGGCUGCACUCAUACUUGCAAAAAGGAAAUUGAAGAGAAACUCUGCUGCCCGGGAUACUGGGGUUCUGAAUGCUAUGAAUGCCCGAGUAUAUCUGGGAAACCGUGCAGUGACCAUGGGACCUGUUUGGAUGGCAUAGCACAGAAUGGAACUUGCCUCUGCAAGGACAACUAUGGAGGCUAUGCUUGCCAAGAAUGCCGGGAUGAGACUCGUUUUGGCCCUGAUUGCCAGUCUGUUUGUGAGUGUCAGCAUGGAGUCUGCAACCAUGGGGUUUCUGGUGAUGGACGGUGUACCUGCUAUGGUGGAUACACUGGCCCCAAAUGUGAUCAAGAACUUCCUUCCUGUGGAAGUGUAAUCUGUGAUGACAAAUCCCAUUGUGUGGUGAAGGAUGGGCAGGCAAGGUGUGAAUGCUUACCAGGCUAUCAGAAGAUUGGGACAAACUGUCAAGCUCAAGAUCCUUGCAGGUCCUCUCCAUGCUCUUCAUUUGCUGUUUGCAAGACUCUUGGGCCAACCAAGUAUGAAUGUACCUGCAAAUAUGGGUACCAAGGAGAUGGUAGGAUAUGCCAACCCAUAAAUCCCUGUGUUGAUAAUAAUGGAGAUUGCCCUGAAAACACCACCAAUUGUAGGUUCUUAAGUCCUGGAAAGUCAGUGUGUGUGUGUAAACCAGGAAUGACUGCUUUAAAUGCUGCACUGGGCUGCACAUCUACCGAUCAAUGUCGGCAGUACCACUGUGAUAGGAAUGCGAGGUGUGAAGUAGGUCCUGAUGAGACUAUCAGCUGUGUCUGCAAAGAAGGUGAGAUUGGAGAUGGCAGGAGCUGCUACAAAACACUCAUUCAUGAGAUUUCUGAGCGGAAUAUACGGGGAAGAACGCUCGGCAGACUAAACACCGCAAAGUCAAUGUUUGAUAUGGGUUGUUCAUUAUUGCUGGGAAAAUAUGGGCCUUUCACAGUCCUUGUGCCAUCCUCUGGUCAUAUUCGGGAGAGUUCUCAGCACUUCGAGGCUACAGCUGCAAGCAGUUUAUGCAGAAUGCACGUAAUUCCUGGACAGCAUUUGCUAGAGGAUAUGGUCAAAACAAAGAUCCUGUGGACGUUGUCUGGACAUCAAGUGAUCUUCAGUGAUCAGCCAGUUUUACCAUGGAGUUUUCGCUACAGUUAUUUAGAUAGCCCAAAAGAACUGUAUACCAUUAUAGAGCAAAACUUGCCAGCUGCUAACGGCAUUAUACAUAUUGUCAACACUCUAAGGAGAACACCUUCAUUGGAAAACCUUGGAAACCCUCAGAAAACGAUUGGAGAAAUUCUUGCUUCUCUGGAAAUUGCCAGCCGAUUUGAAACCAUCUUAGAAAACUGUGGUCUGCCUUCAUUUCUGAAUGGUCCCGGACCUUUCACUGUAUUUGUACCAAGUAAUGAGGCAGUGGAUAAAUUAAGAGAUGGAAGGUUAAUUUAUCUCUUUACCAAGGGAAUAAACAAGCUUCAGGAAAUUGUAAAAUAUCAUAUCUACACAGCAGCAACGGUGACAGUGGAGAGGCUAACAGUGAUGCCACAUAUUAUGACUAUGGCAAAUCAAAUACUGACAAUCAAUAUCACUAAGGAUGGAAGAAUUCUGUUGGGGGACCCUGGUGUUGCCUUAAACAAAAGGAAUAUUUUAGCGUCAAAUGGUAUCAUUCAUACUUUGGAUGGCAUCUUCAUUCCUCCAUCAAUAAUCCCCAUUCUGCCUCACAGAUGCAGUGAACAGCAAUACAAAGCUGUAGCAGGAUCUUGUGUUGACUGUGAUGCCCUCAAUACAAGUGUUUGCCCACCGCAAAGCACACCUAUGGAACAUGGGAUCUUCCCAGGAGAAUGUGUUUAUAUCCACGAUCCUUUGGGCUUGAAUGUUCUGAAGAAAGGUUGUAGCAGAUACUGCAAUCAAACUGUUGAGAUUCCUGGAUGCUGCAAAGGAUUCUUUGGGCCAGAUUGUGCUGCUUGUCCUGGUGGAUUUACCAAUCCGUGCUAUGGAAAAGGGAAGUGCAUUGAUGGGAUUCGAGGGAAUGGCCAGUGCCGUUGCUUUGAAGGUUUCAAAGGAAUUGCCUGCCACAUCUGUUCAAACCCAAACAAGUAUGGGGAGAGUUGUGAUAAAGAUUGUGGCUGUGUCCAUGGAAUCUGUGAUAAUAGACCAGGAAGCGGGGGAGUGUGCCAGUCCAAGACAUGCAAAGCUGGAUACAGUGGGGAAUUCUGUGACAGGAGUUCUGACAACUGUGGGCCUGCUGGUGCCUCUCUAAGCUGUCAUCGGAAUGCUGUCUGCAGCUUGAAUGACACUGCAAGGUGCAUCUGCCUUGAUGGAUACGAAGGGGAUGGAUUUUCCUGCAGUCCCAUAGAUGUCUGCACAAAACCAGAAUAUGUAGGCUGUUCAGAAAAUGCCAUAUGUACCAGCACAGGUCCUGGCACAGCUACAUGCCAGUGUAACAAUGGCUGGACUGGAGAUGGAAAGGCUUGCGUUGCCAUAGACAACUGUGUAAUGGAGAACAGAGGAGGCUGCCACACCUAUGCGGAUUGCCACUAUAUUGGGCCUGGACAGAGCAGCUGUGUGUGCAAGAGAGGUUAUAACGGUGAUGGUUUUAACUGCAACCCUGUUGAUCCUUGCUUGAUGAACAAUGGUGGCUGCCAUGACUUCGCCGUGUGUAAGUCUCUUGGAGCUGGGGAAGUUGCUUGCAGUUGCUCUGAAGGAUACAUGGGAGAUGGAGAUAUAUGUUAUGCAGAUAUCAUGACGGAGUUAGCACGAAACUACCACUUUUCUGCCUUCUUCGGCUGGAUCAAGAAAUCUCUCUUCAGCCUUCCAAAAGGAGGCAAUGUGACUGUUCUGGUGCCAGUAAAUACGGUCAUUGAAAAGCUAAACGAGACUGAAAAAGGGUUGUGGUUAAAGCCUGACGUGUUACCAUUUGUAGUCAGGGCUCACUUCCUCCAAGGUUCUUUCAUGACUGGGGAACUCCAGAAAUAUGUGGGUCAGGAAUUACCUACCCUCAAUCCAAGGGUCAGGUGGCAGAUAAACAAUCACAAUGGGACUUUGGCCAUUCAGAAUGCAAGGGUUGUAACAGGUGACAUCCCUGCUAUUAACAGCACUAUUUAUGUUGUUGAUCAGGUUUUGUUACCACCACUUGGCGAUAUCCCCCCACAGCGUCCAGGUCUGGAACAGCAACUUAACAUGACACUCGCUUUCAGUAGAUUCAAAAGUCUGCUUGAGCAAUAUCAGUUGAUUGGAGAGAUUGAGUCUUCGGAAAAAUAUACCAUUUUUAUCCCAGGAAAUAGUUCAGUUGAGAAAUAUUGCAAAGAAUUUAAUAUUACACAGUUGGAUAAAGACACUGUGGAGUACCAUGUCAUAAUUGGAGAUAAACUUUUAUCGAAUGAUCUGAAAAAUGGUAUUCACAAGAGCACAAUGUUAGGACUCUCCUAUUGGCUGAUGUUUUACAAGAAUACCACUCAGGCAUUUGUCAACAAAAUUCUCUUGGAUGGUCAGUUUUUUGAAACAAGAAAUGGAAUGUUGAUUGGGGUUUCUGAAGUUCUCCCAGUUCAGAAGAAUCGCUGUAGUACCAAUACCACAACAGUGCAAAAGUCAAGAUGUGCUAAAUGUAAUAAAAAGUUCAAGUGCCCACAAGGAUCAGUGCUUGCUGAAUCGGCACCAGAGAAUCUCCCUCACUGUGAAUAUAAGUCUGGAAAGGAUAGAUUAGUUGGCUGUCAUUUCACCUGCAUUAAAGUUUCCUUGGUCUCUGUCUGUUGUGAAGGCUACUAUGGUCAUAUGUGUGAAAUGUGUCCAGGAAAACCUGGCAAGUGGUGUUCUGGAAAUGGGAUAUGCCAAGAUGGCAUAUAUGGCAGUGGAGAAUGCCAGUGCCAUGAAGGUUUCUAUGGUACAGCCUGUGAAACAUGUCAACCAGGGAGAUAUGGAGCAAGCUGCAAAGCAGAGUGCAAUUGCAAGAAUGGUACAUGCAAGGAAGGACUUCUGGGAGAUGGAAGCUGUAUAUGUAACCCAGGCUGGAAAGGGAUCAGUUGUGACAAAAAAAUUGACAUCGAUCUUUGCAAUGGCACGUGUGAUAUGAAUGCCAACUGCAUCAAUGGAUCUACCAUGUCACAGCCCUCUUGUGUUUGUUCUGCAGGAUACACUGGGAAUGGAACCUAUUGUACAGAAAUUGAUCUGUGUGCAUCAGGUAAUGGUGGCUGCUCCAUAUAUGCCAGCUGUACUAAAGUCGCAGCUGGUCAAAGGAUCUGUGCUUGUAAAGAAGGCUAUGCUGGAGAUGGGACCAUAUGCCGAGAGAUUGAUCUAUGCCUAGAAAACCAUGGAGGCUGCCAUCGGUAUGCAGAAUGUAUUAAAGCAGGUCCUGGUCGGGUUGCUUGUAACUGUCUUCCCAACUACCGUGGGGAUGGUGUUAAAGAAUGUAAAUUCAUCGAUCCUUGCUAUAAGGAGGAGUUUGUUGCAAGAGAGGCUGUAUCCCAGUUCUUUCAGUAUGCAAAGGCUUAUAAAAUGAUCAACCUGUUAAGAGGUGGACAGUACACUUUUUUCGUGCCACUUGUCGAUUUCAUGAGGAACAAUGCCACACUUUCAGAAUGGAAAGAGGGCCACAUCAAAGAUGACCUUCUCUAUCAUAUAGCUAUCUGCCAGCGCUUACAGUCAAAAGAUUUGGAAUUGCUUGAUUCCAUCACAACUCUAUCUGGACGCAAAAUACGAAUUUCCAUGAAAGAGAACAGUGUAUAUUUAAAUGAGGCGGCAAAAAUAAUUGACAGUGACUUUCUUGGACCAAAUGGUAAUAUACAUUUCAUUGAUCAGAUUUUAAUCCCAAAUGAUACGCAGAAUCAUGGCAUUUCAUCCCGUCUAUCAGAGAAGUCCAUCACAGAAGUUGCAGAGGCUUACGGAUACAAAAUCUAUAGCAAACUUUUAGUGGACACAGGACUUCUUCCUUUAAUUAAUGAAAUGAUUCACCACCCCUUCACCAUGUUCUGGCCUACUGAUGCGGCAUUUAACUCUCUUCCCGAGGAUGGGCAGAAGUGGCUGUAUCAUAAAGAACACCGAAGCAAACUGGCUGCUUAUCUCAAAGAACUCAUGAUCAGAAACCUGCGGGUCUUUCCUUCCAUGAUGUCACAGCCUGGAUUAUUUUUAACAACUAUGCAUGGAUCAACCAUCUCAUUUAGCUGCAGCAGAAAGAGUCCUGGAUACAUUAAGGUAGACAAGGCAAGAAUUAUACACAGUUAUAUGGAAUUUAAUGUGGGUAUUGCUUAUGGUAUUGAUCAGCUGCUGGAACCUCCAGACCGGGGAUCUCGCUGUGAUGAGUUUCAGCCUGCUGUGAUGUCGGCCUCUGAAUGUGGCUCCUGUGAUUAUCAGCCUCCAUGUCCUUUUGGGUCAGUUGAACAAGGAUCAAGCAGGAGUUGUUUGUAUCCUGGAGAUCCACUUUUAAGGAAACCAAUCCCAUAUGGCAUUGUUGAAAGGAGGGCUUACUUAUCACAAUCCUCACGCAGGAGAAACAGAUGGCAUCUUUUUUCAAAUAUGAACGGGUGCAAGAGAACAUGUGUUACCCCCAAGUGGACACCCAAGUGCUGUGAAAAUCACUACGGAAUAAAUUGUCAGGUGUGUCCUGGUGGACUCGAGACCCCAUGCAGUAAUCGUGGUAGAUGUGAUGAUGGGUUUCAUGCUUCAGGACGAUGCAUCUGCAACGAGCCAUUCAUUGGUACAGCUUGUGAACUGUGCAUGCCAGGCCGAUAUGGGCCAGACUGCAAAGAGUGUAAUUGUACGGAGAAUGGGAUAUGCAACGAAGGACUGCAUGGAGAUGGGUUCUGCUUCUGCUCUUCGGGAUGGACAGGAGAGCGCUGUGAAAUCCCGUUAGCUGUGAUAUCCAAGUGUUCCCCAGCCUGCCAUCGUAAUGGAGUGUGUCGAUUUAAUAAUACCUGUGAAUGCAACUUGCAUUAUGAAGGAGAUGGGAGAAUAUGCACAGUGAUUGACUACUGCAGCGAUGAUAACGGAGGCUGCAGUGACCAUGCAAACUGCACGCAAACUGGAACAGACGUCUCCUGUACCUGCUUACCAGAUUAUCAGGGUGAUGGCUACUUCUGCAGCCCUGUCGACCGGUGUGCAGAUGGCAGCAACGGGGACUGCAGUGAGCACGCCAUUUGCAUCAGCACAGGUCCUAAUACUCGGCGGUGUGAGUGCAAAGAUGGUUACGUUGGAAAUGGAGUGCAGUGCAUGGAGGAAGCUAUCCCCCCCACAGACCGUUGCUUAGACGAGAAUGGGCAUUGCCACUUUGACGCAAUCUGUACUGACCUGCAUUUUCAUGACAAAACAGUUGGCGUCUUCCACCUCCAGUCCCCCUAUGGAAAGUACAACUUUACUUAUCAAGAGGCUGAAGCCAGCUGUGCAGCUGAGGGAGCUACCUUGGCCACCAUUCAGCAGCUGUCUGCUGCACAGCAGAUGGGUUUCCACCUGUGCAUAGUGGGAUGGCUAUUUAACAGGACCGCAGGCUACCCAACAGUGUACCCAAGUGCAAAAUGUGGCACUAACCAUGUUGGCAUUGUGAAUUAUGGAUUUCGAAGUGACGCCAGUGAGAAUUGGGACGCUUACUGUUACAGAGCUAAAGAUGUACGCUGUGACUGCAGCGAUGGGUUUACUGGUGAUGGCUAUACCUGCAUUGGAAAUCUUCUGACAGUGCUGGAACAGCAUGCAAACUUUUCAGCCUACUAUUCUAUGUUACUGGAGUAUGGCAAUACCACCCAAGAAGGACUGGAAUUUCUGAAUCUCCUUUCUGAUGACACCACGUAUAAAACCCUUUUUGUACCCCUGAACUCUGGCUUUAGCGAUAAUACAUCAUUAACACUGAGUGACCUGAAGCUUCAUGUAUCAGUGAGCGAUGAGCCUCUCCUGAGCUUCAAUCUCACAUCUGGAACACUUAUAGCUUCCCAAGCAGGAUACAGCCUUUCCAUUGCAGACUCCGUCAACAGCACCCACCCACCGGGUUCUAAGGUGGUUAAUAACACAAUGAUUGUUGAAUGGGAUAUUCUGGCUUCCAAUGGGAUAAUUCAUGCUAUUGAAACACCAUUAACAGUACCACUUCAAUAUGGGCAUGUUGUUCAGGUGUUGGGUGCUAUAAAAGCAUCUGCUUCUGCUGUAACCAUCAGUGUGAGUACUGUUGUUGCUUUAGUGCUGCUAUGUGUAGCUAUUGCUGGAGCCUACUACUACUACCUCAGAAGAAAGAAUCAGGGAUUCCAGUUUCGCUACCUGAAGGCUGAGCUGGAAGAUGAAGGGCCUUUGCCCUGGGAGGAAAGGAGCCCAGCCUUGGUGUCCAUCCCAAAUCCAAUGUAUGGAGCACACAGUUCUCUCUAUGAUGAGCCAUUUGAGGGCUCUGUCAGUGGAGAAGACUUUGCAGAUACACAUGGAAUUUUUGCAGACUAGUAAACUUGUCCGCACUGCAGGAAGCAAGUGUUUUCCCAGGAUCUCUGCCAUUCAGAAGGAACAGAGUGCAGUCUUGGUUAUCAUGGACUGUUAUGGCUUCUUUAUGCAUUCAGUGGGGGCAAACUGACAAAUGGCCUUUAGGUAAAUUGUGAAAUCUCAUUGUUCCAUUCCUCUUUUUAAACGCAGACCGGGAACUGGGGUCCAAAGAGCCACGUGCAUGGAGAGGUCACCAGUUUUCUCUUCUGCAUGCUUGUGCUGUGCCAGAUGCUGCUUUGAAGGGUGUUUCAGUUUUCUGGAAUUGUUUAGGGGUGAACUGAGGAGUAGGAGGGGGAAGGGAUCCUUGAUUCAUUUAUGGGCAUUUAUCUGCCCAUAGAACAAACAUUAGCCAUAGGAAAUACUAUAAUGAAUGCAUGAUUUUGUUCGGGAUACUGUGGAGAACAAGCAGUGGGUCACUGAAAAUCUUCUGAGUUGGACAGUGUGAUCAUUGUUCUCUGAAACAGCACCGAUUGGGCCCUCCCUUGAAGAUGCUCUUCUAUGUUACACAACUGGAAAUAAAAGAUACUACCUGUGAACUGAAAUAAAAGAUACUACCUGUGAACUGUAAUUUGAUAAUUGUUUAUAUAUUGUGCACAUGUUUAUAACUGGUUGUUUUAUCAAGCUAAGUUAAAUUUCUGAUUAUUUUGAACUAGUAGGUGAGUAUGGUUAAGAUCAGGUACCUGUGCUAGAUUCCAGAUACUAUCACAGAGGAUGCCUGCACAGAAAAUCUCUUUUUGUUCUACCUUGCUGAUUAUGCAUCGAUUCUACCAUCCCCAU